AUGGGCGUAAAAAGGCAUAUCACGGAGGUCGGAAUUGCUGAAUAUAAAGAAGAACCAGCGGUGGUUGUAGCAUCGUUUUUCAACGGUUUCAAAGCGCCCUCAGAAACUAGCUUCGAGCUCUACAAGAAUAAGACGUCACGUGACUCAUUUAUAUUACACGGUGAGAAUGAUAGACUGGAGUAUCACGGUGAGACCGAAGAGGAUAAUGCCAGUUAUGAUUACGUUCUGGGUGUCUAUGAGCCCUCUAAGAAGUCCGUUGAGCUUUAUAAAGCCCCUGUUGUAUCCGCUUCUGUGAUUUCUAAGUCCAAGAAGAAGUUAGCCGGUCCUGUGAUCAAGCAAGGCUCAUCGCGUCCAUCUGCUAUGAGGAAUGCUUUAGGUGAAGCUUUUGGUACUAAGAAAGCUAAAAAGGCGAUUGCAGACAUGGAACGUAACUAUAUCGACUCUGAUAAGCUUGUCGGUUCCGCAAUUGAUAUUGUGGAUUCAGUUAAGACAGCUUCUAAAGAUUUGCCCUCCAAGGAACAGCUACAGCAAACUGCAACUGAAGACAGACCUACUCCAUUGGCCAACGUUGAUGCUACAGAUGUUGAACAAAUCUAUCCUAUCCAUAAUAUCAUACCGAAGAAGGAAUGGAGCUUUAUCCGUGUUGGACCAAUUCUCAACGAAACGGAUACUCAAAAGAAGCUACAGAUGUUACCAUUCUCAAAGUCCAACUACAUUACCAAAAAGCUUGCUACACUCACUCAAGUAUCGCAGAUGCAAAAACUGCAGUUGCUGUACUAUUUGUCGUUACUGUUUGGUGUGUACGAUAACCGUAGAUGCAACGACAAAGUUAAACUACUGGAAAAAUUGAACGCUCCACCAGACACUUUACUUCAUGGUAUACUUGACAGGUUUACUGUUGCCAGACCAGGUCAGUUUGGAAGAUCAAAAGAACGCUCUUUCAUUAUCGAUCCCCAAAAUGAGGACAAACUGCUAUGUUACAUUGUGGCCAUUGUCAUGCAUCUUGAAAACUUCAUUGUCGAGGUAUCUCCAAUUGCUCAAGAGCUAGGCUUAAAGCCUUCAAAAAUGGUAAAUAUCUUCAAAACCCUUGGUGCUAUAGUCAAGGGUGCAACUGUUGCACAAGCUCAAGCUUUCGGUAUUCCUAAGAGUGCCGCUUCUACAUAUAAGAUCGCAACUUUGAAGGUUCCAUUCAAGCUACCAGAAAUCAACAAGAGAUCCAGAGGAGGAAAUAGACGAUAA